AUGCAUCUUUUCAGUAUUUUUCUACCUGUUGUUUUCGCCGUUUUCAUGAUCCAAGCUUGUCCAUCAUCACGGAGUGCUGCGGUAGGGCCCCCAGGACGAAAUGGACGAGAUGGAAUUCCGGGUGACCCAGGAGCUCAAGGUCCGGAUGGUCCACCGGGAGAAACAGGACCUCCAGGAAUCCCAGGGGUGCAAGGUGAGAAAGGCGAUAGGGGAGAGCCAGGACCGCAGGGACCGAAAGGGUUGCCAGGAGAGCCAGGAGAUGAGGGAGCUAUGGGCGCGGGAGGAUAA